AGAGAGAGAGAGGGCGAACGUACGAGCACACCUCGCAGAGUCUCCCACUUAACGCUUUUCGUCCACAGCGCAUUCACCGAGGAGGCAUCACAGCAGCUCCCAGCUGAGCUAGGGACCCGUCCCAGCUAAUGAAGCCGAGCGAGCGAGCGCGCCGCCGCGCCGGGCUCGGGCAUGCUCCGCUAUCGCCUGCCAAGCCAGGGGACAAGGCGCUCUCUUUUAUCCCAGUUUCUCAUCUGAUGAAUUAAUCCUUCUGUGGCCCGCUCCCUGAUCUCGCCGCCGCCACCACCACCCCCUCCCCUCCACUCCACCUUUCCCUCCUUCCUUCUGGUUCGUCACAUUAUUUGGAUUUGACCCGACAGCUCGAGCGGGACUCACCGGGGUGCUGCGCGCGCCUCUUGCGGGCUGCUUUAUUCUGGAGAUGGUGUCCAUGCUACAGGCAAGCUGGUACUGAAGUUGGAGCACAUCCUGUCCACACCCAGACUUGGAGUCACAAUGGCGGCCGGUGUAGCGGCAUGGCUACCAUUUGCCCGGGCUGCAGCCAUUGGCUGGAUGCCGGUGGCCAAUUGUCCCAUGCCCAUCGCCCCCAGUGACAAGAGCAGACGGCAGGAUGAGCUGAUCGUCCUGAACGUGAGCGGCCGCCGUUUCCAGACCUGGAGGACCACCUUGGACCGUUACCCCGACACGCUUCUGGGCAGCUCUGAGAAGGAGUUCUUUUACAACGAGGAGACCAAGGAGUACUUCUUCGACCGUGACCCCGACGUCUUUCGCAGCAUCCUGAACUUCUACCGGACGGGCAAGUUGCAUUACCCCCGGUACGAGUGCAUCUCUGCUUACGACGAAGAGCUCGCCUUCUUCGGGAUCAUUCCAGAAAUUAUCGGGGACUGCUGCUAUGAAGAAUACAAGGACCGCAAACGGGAGAAUGCGGAGAGGCUCAUGGAUGACAAUGACCAGGAGAACGGCAAGGAGGGCAACCUGCCCAAUCUGAACUUCCGGGAGACCAUGUGGAGAGCCUUUGAGAAUCCUCACACCAGCACCAUGGCCUUAGUCUUCUAUUACGUCACCGGCUUCUUCAUCGCCAUCUCUGUCAUCACCAAUGUGGUGGAAACUGUCCCCUGCGGUAUCCAUCUGAACCAAAAGGACUUGCCCUGUGGGGAGCGUUACUCCGUGGCUUUCUUCUGCCUGGACACAGCAUGCGUCAUGAUCUUCACUGUCGAGUACCUCCUGAGGCUGUUUGCCGCACCAAGCCGCUACCGCUUCAUCCGCAGUGUGAUGAGCAUCAUCGACGUGGUGGCCAUCAUGCCCUACUACAUCGGGCUGGUCAUGACCAACAAUGAAGAUGUCAGUGGGGCGUUUGUCACUCUCAGAGUGUUUCGGGUCUUCAGGAUCUUCAAGUUCUCCCGCCAUUCGCAGGGAUUGAGAAUCCUGGGCUACACGCUCAAGAGCUGCGCCUCCGAGCUGGGCUUCCUUCUCUUCUCACUCACCAUGGCUAUCAUCAUCUUCGCCACCGUGAUGUACUACGCUGAGAAAGGCUCCUCGGCUAGCAAGUUCACCAGCAUUCCUGCAUCGUUCUGGUACACAAUCGUCACCAUGACAACGCUGGGAUAUGGUGAUAUGGUGCCGAAGACAAUUGCCGGAAAGAUCUUUGGGUCAAUUUGCUCCCUGAGUGGCGUGCUGGUGAUCGCUCUGCCCGUCCCUGUCAUCGUGUCCAACUUUAGCCGAAUUUAUCACCAGAACCAGCGGGCGGAUAAGCGGCGAGCACAGAAAGUGCAGAAAGCAAGACUGGCAAGGAUACGGGUGGCAAAGGCUGGCAGUUCCAACGCCUUCCUCCGCAGCAAACGUAAUGGUCUUCUGAACGAAGCCCUGGAGCUCACGGGGUCCGGUGAGGAGGAUCAGCACCUGAGCAAAUCCACAUCCGUUAUAGAGAGCCAGCACCAUCACCUGCUGCACUGCCUGGAGAAGACAACCGGCUUGUCCUACCUUAUGGAUGAUCCCAUCUUAGCUGCACGACCAUCUUCCACCAUCAAGAACCACGAAUUUGUCGACGAGCAAGUGUUUGAGCACAACUGCCUGGAGAGCGGCAUGAAGAACUACACAUCUCGCAGCCCUUCACUCGACAGCUCCCACGGGCUGACCGGCACGUGCUGCUCACGACGCAGUAAGAAGACCACCCAUCUGCCCAACUCGAGUGUCCCGGCCACACGUCUGCGAAGCAUGCAGGAGCUUAGUGCCAUCCACAUCCAGUGUGGCGAGCAGCAGGCCCUCAGUACGAGCCGCUCCAGUCUCAACGUGCAGUCUGACGAGGCCCUCCGGUUAAACUGCCAAAGCUCGCAGAUCACCACGGCAAUAAUCAGCAUCCCCACGCCUCCCACCGCCAGCCCAGAGGGCUCCCUGCCCCAGCCAUCGAGCCCCAGCCAGCCCAGCGCAGGAGUGAACAUUGUCAAAGUGUCAGCUUUGUAAAGCGCCCGGGCUCGAGUCGUGAGAGAUGCAAACCGCACCUGGAGGGGAAGGUCCCUUUGUGGAGACGAGGCGGCCACCGCAACCUCAGCAGGAAGGUCCCGUAAGAGGACGUCUGGACGAGGACAUGUAUACUUGGACUGUUCGACCGGGUCAACAAACGAAGAGACCAAUAAUAAAAAA